ACAUAAAUUUGACCAAAAGGGCACUUGGGGGCAAGGAACAAAAGGGGCAGGUGCUCAAGCACCCCUUGACCCCCCCUCUGCACAUACUUGGCAUGGUGACUAUGCAACAUUACCUGAAUCCUGAGUGUGAGUGUUUCUAAUUGGUCAGUUAUUCCUGGAAUAUUAUUCCACAUUUGUGUGGAUCAGCUGGUAGGAAGUGGGGAGUUGCGAGUUGACAGAGUGAUCUGGAUGGUGGCAGGCAGCGGCAAACAACGAAACGUGCUGCAAACGCAUGAGUGAUCCAAACUCCAAAACACACAUAUGUAAACCAGCAAAUCAACAGAAAAACAAACAAAAAAAAAAGACUGCAGUCCCAGGAAACAAGAGCAAGGGAGAAAAUGCUGUGAUUAGCAGAAAUGGCUGACAUGAAAUGCUGCAAGCUCUUUCUGUAAAACAGAAGAGCUCUUGACCACUAGUGGGAGUCAACCAACAAAUCACCUGGGGUCAGACUCUCAGUAAAGAUAGAAAAGGUAUUAUUGAAAUGCAAUCUUUUACAAUACAUUACAGCAGUACAUUUAUGUAAAUAACAAUAGCUAUUCUAGACUCUCACUAGUUGUACUGGGGUCUGCAGUUUUUCAUGUUUGCAUUUGUUAAAGCCAUUUGCCCCAUUUUUCCUUUUCUUUUAUUUCCUGUGGUUGCAGUGUUUUUCUGUUCUAUUUGUGUUUGUGUGUUUUGGAGUUUUCAUCAUCCAUGUGUGUGCAGCAGCACGUUCGGCCGUUUGCUGAGUGUUUGCUCCUGUCGGCCACCAUAGCUCUGAGUUUAUUUAUAAAGAUCACAUUCUGGUUAAUAUAUAACCUGGAAAUGAUCAUAAAAUGUGUUUUUAAUCCAGGUUAUAUUGCAAAGCACAAUCAGUUAUGUUUUUGUAACUUAAAAUCUUUAGCUCCUCUGAAUCGGUGCAGUUUCUUUCACUUUAGUUGCACAGUUCCACCUGACAUUGUUUACUACCUUAGUCAACGUUUCUCUUCUGUAAGGCAAACAGCCUUGCAGACUGACAUCCUGGACGUGGACUAUGUGUGUGUUCCAGACCUGUCUGCCCGGGUGGAUGCAGUGAAGGAGGAGAACCUGAAGCUGAAGUCGGAGAACCAGGUUCUGGGCCAGUACAUCGAGAAUCUCAUGUCUGCCUCUAGUGUCUUCCAGACGACCGACACCAAGAGUAAACGGAAGUAGGCAGAACCUCUGACAUCACAGGGCCCAGUCGGACCCGGAAAGGUCGCAGUGUCUGGCCUCAUGGACUCUUUAAUAGCAUCUUGUCUGGGACAUAAUGCCAAGCCUGAAUGUAAAUAUUGGUAUUUAUCUUCACUUGACCACUAGGGGGCAGUGUUGCUUUGUUUAGAUAGGUUUUGGAGACGUCAGAUACAUAAGCUGGUUAGAAGGAGGAGGAGUCAGCCAGAGGAUCAGCAGGGGAUUGGAUGAAUCAUGUUAUGAUGUAAUGAGCUGUUUCAUUUCUCAGCAUAUUAGUUUACUUGACUUUUUUUUCCUAAAAUAGAUUUCAAAACGGAGUUUGAUUAAUUUACACAAUUAUGCUAACUUUUCUUUUCGAACACAGGUGGAAUUUAGGAAAUCCAAUUUAUUUUUAAUACCUGAAGCACUCACACUGUAAAUACUGUGUUAUAAACAAGAUACAUGACAUCACUCAGGUAAACUACACAUUUGCUACAUAAUUUAGUUAACAAAGCAGAAAAAAGAGAGGAUAAAAAUAAACCCGUUAUCUCCAUGAUUUCAAAAAUCUGCAGUUCAUCUCGAGAAAGACGUAGGGCUGCAACUAAUGGUUAUUUUAGUAAUCGAUUAAUCAAUUAUUCUGAUGAUUAAUCAGACAAAAAAAUUGGCACAUUCUACAAAUUUUUCCUUUAAUCAUGUAAGCCUUUUUAUACAUUAAGACAAUUAAUUUAAAAAUAAUUAAAAAUAAUUUUAUUGCCAAAGAUGCAGCACAGUAGCAUACAGCAUGUUUUAAUAGCCAUAUUAACUUUUUUUGAGUCUAUAGCUUCUAGUUAAUGAUUAGUCGACAAUUAUUUAAUAACGAUCACAAUCACUCCAAUUAAUCGUUUGAGUCCUAGAAAGAUAUCAAUGGCAGAAAAUCAACUGAAGCUGCUGUGUAGCUGCUGAAGGUGAGUGCAGUCGGACAGUCUGUUUUCUUCAUUCUUCAUGGAGCCACUCAGACCAUUGGUUCUGCAGUACCAGCUGCUCGCUCUGAAAGCCUGAGAUCUGCCCACAUCAUCCUGACGGCCUGCAGAGAGUGCUGUGGCUCCAGUGCUUGUAAGCGCAGGUGGCUGGAAGGCAGAGAGACUGUUUAUCUGCUGAUUUCGCCACUCUGCGGCCGGAGAACAGCAGAAACAACACUUCCCUCUGGUGGUCACACAUUCCAUUACGUUCUGUUGUCUGAAACAUGGAACCUCUGUCCGUGUUCAGGAACCCUCAGUGAGUCAGUAUUAGUUCUGUUGUACAGGUGAAGCAGUCAGUGUUUCCUGCUGUGCUCAGUAACGUCUCGGUCUGUGCUUCCUGUGAUUGGUAGCCAUGUUGGAUUUAAAGCAUCCAGACUCUUAGAGGUCUUCUACCCCGUUGUGCUUGUUUAUCGUUUUUAUUAUUUCUAAUAUUACUGACUGAAUAAAGUUGUGAUGGUUGUUUCUGAUGAA